AAACAACAUGUAGCGGAAAUGUUUGAGAGUAUGAAGUAAACAUUGGAGCCAACGCUUAAAAUAUCUGACUUUCCAGCUCUUUCAGACUGCUCGGAGCGGACACGAUGAGCAGCAUGUCCCCUGAGGUCGCACUGCACCGGAUCUCUCCCGAGCUGCGGCCCCUGCUCUGUAGCGUGGUUCGGGACGGCCGUGUGGGACUGGACUCCACCAACUGUCUCCGUGUCACAGACCUCAAAACUGGAUGUACAUCUCUGACCCCCGGUCCCUGCUGCGAUCGCUUUAAACUUCACAUCCCCUACGCUGGAGAAACCCUUAAAUGGGAUAUCAUAUUUAAUGCACGGUAUCCGGAAUUGCCUCCAGAUUUUAUUUUUGGAGAAGACGCUGAGUUUCUCCCCGAACCUUCGGAAUUACCGCACUUGGUCCAGUGGGAUGCUGGGAACCCAGAAUGUUUGCUCCAGCUGGUGAAGGAGCUUAUCCAGCAGUACCACCACUACCAGUGCCAGCGUCUCCGCGAAAGCUCCAGGCUGCUCUUUGAGUACGACAGUCUGCUGGAGGAUCCAAACUAUAGCCGCAACAUGGAGAUCUAUGCCGGUCACAAGAACAGCUGGACGGGAGAGUUUUCAGCCCGUUUCCUCCUCAAACUCCCCGUGGACUUCAGCAACAUCCCAGUCUAUCUCCUCAAGGACACAGCGCUGGACCCUGGAGAGGAUGUGGCCCUUCUGUCAGUGAGCUUUGAGGAUGCUGAAGCUACCCAAGUCUUCCCUAAACUCUACCUUUCCCCAAGCAUCGAACAUGCUCUGGGAGGCUCCUCUGCACUUCACAUCCCAGCAUUCCCCAGUGGAGGGUGCCUAAUUGACUAUGUCCCCCAAGUGUGCCAGUUACUCACCAACAAGGUGCAGUAUGUCAUCCAAGGCUAUCACAAGAGGAGGGAGUACAUCGCUGCGUUCCUCAGCCACUUUGGAACGGGAGUGGUGGAGUACGAUGCGGAGGGAUUCACAAAACUAACACUUCUACUCAUGUGGAAGGACUUUUGCUUCCUAGUGCAUGUGGAUCUCCCCCUGUACUUUCCCAGGGACCAGCCCACCCUCACCUUCCAGUCUGUUUACCACUUCACCAACAGCGGUCAGCUCUAUUCUCAGGUGCAGAAGUCUUAUCCAUACAGCCCACGCUGGGACGGCAAUGAGAUGGCCAAGAGGGCAAAGGCAUACUUCAAGAGCUUCAUCCCUCAGUUCCAAGAGGGAGCCUUUGCCAAUGGGAAACUCUAGUACCCUUCUAGCUUUUAAAGACAAGCCUGGAGAGUUGCCUGUGGGAGUAUGUAUGUAUGUAUGUAUGUAUGUGAGCGUGUGUGUGUGUGUUUGCGUGUACCUGUUCUUGAGUAUGCAUACUUACAUUUGUGAAAUGUACUGUACUCCACUAGUACAGUGAGAAUGACUCUGUCAGUUCCACACUGUUUGACUUUGAGAUGGUUUCCUCUUAUUCAACACUUUCACUUUUCAUUAUAGUUGUAGUUGAGAAAUCACUUUGCUGAAUUGUCCAGGCACUACAGCUAAAACUCCCAAAAAAAUCUCUGAGAUCAGUCCAAACACUUAAUUAGUGUUGCGGACACAAGUAAGUAACAAGUAAGUAAGUUACGCCGAGAUUACGUGGAAAAGAAAAUAGCAGAAACCCAAACUUUUUUCUCUGGGUGACAAGAACUACAAGUGACAACUCGUACAAUCUGUCUCUCCAGGCUGACGAUAGCUAGUAUCGCUUUAUCGUGCUGUUCCAAUGACGCCUGGAUUCAAGCAGUCAAACCACAAAAGGGUCGAGCUAACAACACUCCACUCAGAAAUGGUGCACUGUGAGCAGAUAUUUGUUAAUAUGCAAACAAUAUGUAAAUCAUUAACCUCUUGAACAUCUCAAAGAGCUAUAGGGACAAAACACCUGUGGUAGCUGUUUAUCUUUGUCACACAUAUGAUUUGGUUUUGCUUUGAUACGAGUUCUGUUCAUGUUCAAAGGAUCUCCAGCUUGUCUUGUAGUGAUCAGAAUACCGUGUGUUCAUUCUGACCAUAGAAAGCCAUGUGAAGUCUAUAACUGACAUGACACACAUGUACUGUAAGUUACUGAGAAAUGUGUUAUUUUGUCAUUUCUAUUCAGUAAAAUGUUUCCCCUGA